AUGGCUGUCGAAACCCGUAAAGCAGAAAUUCUAAAGUUACAUGGGAAGGCUGCGCGAAAGGAAGAAGCUCUUCGAGCCGCAGAUCAACAGUUGACAAAAGAGAUGCAGAAGUUCGACGAGUUUCUUCGAGCGACAGACCAGCGAGCACACAUGGCCAUCAAAGAAGCAGACGAAGUAGGACGUAUCAAACUGGAGAAGCAACAAACCAUCAGGGAACUUCAGGAGCGUUUAAGUGCCUGCAAUGCGCGGAUAAGCAAAUACGAAGAGCUCGUGCAAGAAGGAAACAAGUACAGAAGUUUUCUGGAGAAGCUGUCUCCCCCAGAGUGGCUCGAAGAGCAAAGGAAAAAGAAGGCGGCACGCACGGCCACACGAAGGAGGGAAUGGGCAGAGACACAAUUACGGGUGCAAGAGGAGCGGCUGCAAAAGGACAUACGGGAAAUAGACUCCGAGACUGCCGAAAAGAUCAGUGAAUUGGAGGAGAAGAGGAAAACAGGCAAAUCAAUAGAUGAAGCCGAGGCCGAGGAGGACAGUGAGGAUUUACCCAUGUACUUCACCGAGCCUGAGCAGUUGCUCGAGCUGUUCCGCCAGCUUGAAGAACAGAAUCUCUUCUUGAUUCAGAAUGCUCAAGAAAACGAAGCCGCUCUGGAGGACGUGAUGGGGAAAUUCGCAGAGACAAAACAGCAAAUAGAGGGAAAAACAAAAACUUUGGAUGCACUGGUCCAGCAGCUGCAAGACCAGGUCAAGACCCAGCAACGAAUAUGCGGCAAUCUGCAAACUACACUUCAAAAGAAGGGAAACAAGCGAGAAGAGAAGAUGAUAUUUCAGCAGCUGACGAAUAAAAUAGGAGAGGUCCACGCAAUAUGUGGCUAUGAAGGGGAUGCUGCCCACGAUGCCAUUCGCAAACUCGAGCAGGUCGAAACCAAAAUGGAAGAAUACCUCGCAGUCCUAGAUAAGUAUGAAGGUAAACCAGUCCUUUGUGUCGUGGUGCCUCUGGUCAGCAGAUAUCAGGACCACAGUGGCAUAGCUGCCACAUAG